GCACCGCACCCGCCAGGACCUCGUGGCUUCGCGAUGUGAGGCAGCGCAACUGGCCGCUGCGCUGCAGCAAAAGCGCACCUGGGUGACUCAACACUUGGACUCGGUGUGGAAGGUGAUCAGCCAACACCACAACCGGCUCCUUCAGAGCUUGGCCUUCCACGGGCUCCUCACGGCUCGAAACCAUGGCCAGGUGUGGAGACGUCGGCCAGCGGAGUCUCCCGGGCCUGCCGAGGCGAAUGCCAGCCCCCGCAGCAUGCGCAGCCCAGGCAGGACCAUGGCGUGGCAGUGGCUUUGGGCGAAGAAGGUUUUCGGCCUUUGGCGGCGCGGCGCAGAAGUUGCCCGUCGCUCCCGUCACAACGAGGAGCAUCGCGAAGA